AUGACAAGACAGAAGAUAGAAAUAAAGAAGAUCGAUAACAUAACAGCGAGGCAAGUAACGUCUUCAAAGAGAAGAAGAGGGCUAUUCAAGAAGGCUCAUGAACUUGCUACUCUCUGUGAUGCUGAGAUUGCUCUCAUAGUCUUUUCUGCUACUGGCAAGCUCUUGAAUAUGGUAGCUCAAGUAUACUGGUUAGGUGUAAGAUUUCAUGAACCUGCUGUGUUUUCGGUUCUAUAUGUGCAGCAGGUUAUUAAAAGGCGUGAUCAGCACUCAGAAAUUGAAAGAUUAUACCAUUCAUCCAUUUUGCAGGUUAUUAAAGGCGUGAUCAGCACUCAGAAAUUGAAAGAUUAUACCAUUCAUCCAUUUUGGUGA